AUGGUAGCAAUUAACUCACCUGAUACUUUGGUUGUAUUUGAUAAAUCGUUUGAUAUUCAGAUUCCAGAAUUCUCUUUAGAAGCAAUUCUAACAGUAUCUAGUAAAAUUACGGUUGACAAAAAGAUAGAAAAAAAGCAAUUGACCGAGCUUAGUAUAUUGGCAAAAGAUGAAAAAGUCGAAGAGUAUUUGAACAGAGGGGAUGAAUCUGACUUGCCUCUUUCAUAUAACUGUCCAGCAAUAAUCAAUGAUGUUAAAAGACUAAAAUUGGAACCAUUACUUCAAAAAGAAUUUAGAUGGCUUGUAAACACAUAG